AUGUCCUCCCUCGGCCUAACCCCCUUCAAAUCCGCCCUCGCCUUCGAAAUCUUCGCCAACGUCGUCUCCCUCCCUUCUCUCCUCCUAAACCCGGACUCCGCUCUCUCCCUCCUCGUCGCCAACCCAGCCCAAAUCACCCCCGCCACCCGCUCCUUAACCCAAUGGUUUGGCGGCGUGGUAGCCUUCGUCACAGUACCUUUAAUCCUCUCCUGGUCCGAACCCAAGAGCCCCAAUGAUGCCCAGGCGGGCUUCCGGCGCGCGCGACCUAUAUUACUAUGGGGGCCGGGGAGGUUGUUUUGA